AUGGCGAACCUGACGGGUGCGAUUAAGGGGCUGUACCCCGAAACACUGAGCCCAGAGCAGCUGGAGAAGCUGCGCGGCUUCAAGAUUCAAACUCGGAUUACUAAUGAAAAGUACCUUAGGACCCACAAAGAAGUGGAAUUGCUCAUAAGUGGUUUCUUCAGAGAAAUAUUUUUGAAAAGACCAGACAACAUUCCCGAAUUUGCCGCAGACUAUUUCACGGAUCCAAGACUUCCCAACAAGAUUCACAUGCAGCUAAUUAAGGAGAAGAAAGCGGCUUAAUUAGCAAAAUCACGAUGCUCAGCUGCUGAGAGAGACCAGAAAGAAUCCAGCCUCUGGGUCACCUGAAAGCCAGAGAGCUCUGCU